AGGCGAUCCCCCGUGUAAGAGCGAGGUGGAGGAGGACAUUCCAGGAGAUGUCACCACAGAAAAUCCCAGUAAAAAUUGUAAGGGAAACUUCAUGUUAUCACUAAAUUACAAAGAAGAAGCUGAAGAUAUCAUGCAUCGUUCUUCAAAAGAAACCCUCAUUACCCUUAAUGUACAUCCAGGACUUCACAGUACAGAUCUAUCAUUUAAUCACCCUAAACUUGAGGACCCUUCUGCCGGCCAAUCACAGAUUGUUACCGCAAGUACAAAUCAGAAAGGGGGUGAAAGGUUUCAGUGUGAUAAAGAGUUCACAAAAAGAGCAGUUUUUUCUGCAAAUGGAAAAAUUCACACAGGAGAGAAGUCCUAUUCAUGUGCAGAAUGUGGGAAUCGCUUUAAAUAUAAAUCACAUCUUGUUAGACACAAGAGAAGUCACACAGGAGAGAAGCCAUAUUCCUGUUCAGAAUGUGGUCAGUGCUUUACAAAUAAAUCAUAUCUUAUUAUACAUGAGAGAAUUCACACAGGAGAGAAGCCAUAUACAUGUUCAGAAUGUGGGAACUGUUUUGUAAGUAAACCAGAUCUUGUUAAACAUGAGAGUAUCCACACAGGAGAAAAGCCAUAUUCAUGCUCACAAUGUGGGAAAAGUUUUACACAAAAAUCAUAUCUUGUUAUACAUGAGAGACGUCACACAGGAGAGAAACCAUACUCAUGUUCUGAAUGUGGGAAAUGUUUUACACAAAAAUCAAAUCUUGUUGCACAUGAGAGAAGUCACACAGGAGAGAAGCCAUAUUCAUGCUCGCAUUGUGGGAGGUGUUUUACGGUUAAAUCAAGUCUUGUUAAACAUGAGAGAAGUCACACAGGAGAGAGGCCGUAUUCAUGUUCAGAGUGUGGGAAAUGUUUUACAGAUAAAUCAAACCUUGUUACGCAUCAGAGAAUUCACACCGGAGAGAAGCCAUAUUCAUGUUUAGAAUGUGGAAAGUGCUUUUCAGAUCAAUCACAUCUUGGUAGACAUAAGAGAAUUCACACAGAAAAGAAGCCAUAAUCAUGUUUAGAAUGUGAGAAACUUUUUAUUACUCAUUCCAAACUUAAAGGAGUUGUCCCGGGACUCCCAUAAAAAUAAAAAUGUCCAGAAUCAGCCUUAACACUCAUAAGAACUGUAAAAGAGGAUUGCUAUAAAACUUUUAGCUCCUAUGGGUCCCUGUGCCAGCUUUCUGCCAUUUGUUUACACUGGUCACUGGUAUACACUAUGUAACUGCCCUCUCACAGACCUCAGCUCCUCUACAUCACUCUGUAGCCUCCCUUCUAUCUCUCUACUGCAGGAGACAGAGGAGCUUACAAUCAGCUCAGUAUAAGUCCCAUUACACAGUUCCUGCAGUGUUCUUAUCUCCUCCAGUUCUCUUUGCAUCCUCCCCCUCCCUCCUCAUAUCUGCUCCAGCUCAUCACUGUCCUCUCUCCCCUUUCCACAUAUGAGCUGUCACUAGCUCCUCUUUCCCCUGCCCAGUGCCUACAGAGCUGGGGAAUGGUAAUGCCGGGCUGGGCAGGGGAGAGAGGCACUGACAAUACACAGAGCUAAGAAGUGAUGUGGAGGAGCGUGGCCAGAGGCUGUGCAAACAUAAGGAGAUGAGGAGAGGGGAGGUCAAUUCUAUAGGGCUGUGCUAUAGAGGAGGGAGAGAGGGCAUCGGACUGUAGAGGUGAUGUCAACAAGGAAAACAACAAGAUGUCAUGACUGCUCUGUAAAGAAGCUAAAGGGAGCAGAAUAGAUAAUAAAACUGUAUUAGAGAUUUGCUGCUCUGGCCAUGCAAGUUUAAGGGGGCAUAAAAGUCUAAUCCCAGGAAAACUGCUUUAAGGAUCAUCGAAGAAGUCACACAGGAUAGAAGCCGUUUUGAUGUAGUGUCACAGUGCAGCAUUGUGAUUUUUAUAAUAAAAAUGCUUUCCAGCACAACUUCCAUUUGAAAUUGUGUCUUUAUUCAAUC